CAGCUGACUAGCAAGGCAGUGGAUCUGUGGCUAAAUGACCUCAGACACUUGGCUUACGAUAUCGACGAUCUACUCAACACCUUUUCUAAUGAGAUGUUAGAACGCGAGCAGCUCAAGCUUCACCAAACUGGCACAAGCAAGACAUAUUUGACCGGAAAGAGAAACUCGGUUUGAAAUAUAUUGAGCAUACCCCUACUUCAACAUCAUCAUCGCACAGGACACCAAGUUCAUAUGUGUUGGAUGGAUCUGUGGUUGGGAGAGAUGAAGACGCAGGAAAGAUUGUGGAAUUGUUGUCCAGAAAUGCUGAUCCUUCUUCUCCCACAAAUUAUCAAGUUGUUGCCAUCGUUGGUAUGGGUGGACUCGGCAAGACAACGCUUGCGGGACGAGUCUUCAAUGAUGUAGCAAUGGAACAGUUUAAUCUCAAGAUCUGGGUUUCAGUAUCCGAUAACUUUGAUCUUCACACGGUGACGAGAGCUAUUUUUAAGGAAGUUACAUCUCGGCCUUGUGAUAUGGAUGAGUUCAGUCGACUUCAAGAUAAUCUGAGCAAGAAGAUCGAUGGUAAAAGGUUUUUGAUUGUUUUAGAUGAUGUCUGGAGAACUUGUGGUUAUGAUUCAUGGACAAAACUGCAAGCGCCCUUCCGUGGGGGAGCUAAGGGAAGUAAGAUAAUGGUGACAACACGUGACGAAAAAGUUGCAAUAUUGAUGGGAGCCCCAGCCGGUGAUGUUUAUCACUUAAAGACUCUAUCAGAAGAAGAUUGUUUGCAAGUAUUUGAGCAGCAUGUUAGCAACGACAGGCCACCGAAUUAUGACUUGCUUAAGAAGAAAAUUGUAACAAACUGCAAUGGAUUGCCAUUGGCUGCAAAAACUCUUGGUGGCGUUUUACGUUGUAACAAAACUGACAAGUGGGAGGAAAUACUGAAUGAUAAAUUAUGGAGUAUAUCAGAUGGGAGUAAUAUACUCCCAGUACUCAGAUUGAGUUAUCAUUAUCUCCCUUCACCUUUGAAGAGGUGCUUUGCCUAUUGCUCAAUACUUCCCAAUGACUAUGAAUUUGGGAAAACCCAAUUAAUCCUUCUGUGGAUGGCAGAGGGUUUCCUUGAGCAAACAGAAGGGACUAAAGGAAUGGAAGAUAUCGGUGACGAAUAUUUUGGGGAGCUAUUGUCUCGGUCAUUAUUUCAAACCUCGGGCAAAAACAGUUCAUGCUAUGUAAUGCAUGACCUUGUUGGUGACUUGGCACGAUGGGCUGCUGCAGACACAUUUUGCAGAUUGGAGGAUAAACUGCAUGGUAGAUGUUCUGCAAAGACUCACCAUCUGGCUUACAUUUCUAGUAAGUUCGAUGGGGUAAAAAGAUUUGAGACAUUUUCUGAAGCCAAACGCUUGCGGACUUUCCUACCACUUCCUGUUUCCGGUGGUUAUGAGAAUUAUCUAACUCAUUAUGCUACUUCUGAUUUAUUGCCACAAUUGAAGUACUUGCGGGUGCUCUCCUUCAAUGGCUAUAAACUGACCGAGGUGCCAAAUUCCGUAGGUAAGUUGAGACAUCUACGGUACCUUGAUCUUUCUCACACAUUAAUAACGUGUUUGCCUGAGUCAACAUGCAUGCUUUACAACUUACAGACGUUAAUAUUAGAGAAUUGUUCAAAAUUGAAGACACUACCUUCAAACAUGAGCAAUUUAUCUAAUUUACGUCAUCUCAACAAUUCAAACAUGCCAUCAUUGGAAGAAAUGCCUCCCAAAGUAAGUCGGUUGGCUCAUCUGCGAACUUUGCCUAAUUUUGUGGUGGGGAAAGGUAGUGCAUCAGGGAUUGGAGAGAUACAGUCAUUGCAUCUUCGUGGGACCUUGAGUGUUGUCAGAUUGGAAAAUGUGAUUGAUGUUGGGGAUGCGAAGAUGGCUCAAAUAAUGAACAAGGAAGGGCUGGAAAUCUUGCAAUUGGAAUGGAGCGGCACAAGCGAGAAGGAGUUGGAGGUGCUGUGCAGUUUAGAACCUCAUAAAAAGCUUAAGGAGUUGACCAUCAAGGGCUACAAUGGUUUCGAAUUUUCAAAAUGGAUUGGACAUCCUUCAUUCUCUGAUAUGACGUCUGUGAAAUUGGAGAAUUGUAAAAACUGUCGAUUCUUACCUCCUCUUGGCCAAUUACCUUUUCUGAAAAAACUUCAGAUACAAGGACUGGCCAAUGUUGAAAGUGUGGGUGCUGAGUUUUAUGGAGAGUGCAGCUUGCCUUUUCCAGUGUUGGAAGUCCUGAGGUUCGAGGAUAUGCAAAAUUGGAAGGAGUGGCUUCCUUGCAAAAGAGAUGAAGAAAUUCGAGUUUUCCCAUGCAUGGAAGAUCUUUUAAUCUUUAGUUGCCCCAAAUUGAAAGGUUGGUUGCCCAAGAACAUGGAUUCAUUAUCACAGAUGUAUAUUGCUGAAUGUGAAGAGUUAGUGGUUUCAAUAGCCAAUUAUAAACAUCUUCGUAUGCUGAUCAUCCACGGUUGUAAAAGGGUGGUGCACAGAAGUGGAGUUAAGUUUGAGUUACUGGAGGCCAUGGGGCUUUAUAAUAUUUCAGAGUUCAGACUCGAAAUAGACGGGUUCAUCAGAGGAUUGCCAAAGCUUCAAGGAUUGUGGAUUACUGGUUGUGAAGAGUUGACAUGUUUAUGGGAGAAUGAGGAUAGGUGGCUGCAGCGUCGAAUUUCCAAUAUUAUUGGAGGCAACAUAUCUGACUCCCCCUCUCACUUUAUUCUAGAGCUAAGAGCACUCGGUGUACUUGAGUUAACUGGAUGCUCAAAUCUAAUUUCUUUUCCAGACGCUAGUUGGCCACCUUGCCUUGAAUUUGUAAAGAUGGUGUCGUGUAAUUCUUUGACGCAUUUCGUAAGGUAUCAAGUACCGCCAAGCAUAAGAAGAAUAGAGAUAGAAAAAUGUCAAAAUUUGAAACUAUUAGUGAAGGAUGCUUGGGAGCUAGAGAGUUGUCUGGAGGACUUGAAGAUAACAGAGUGUGCAUCUUUGACAUCCUUAUCAGGGAAUGGAGGCCGACUACCCAGAACGCUCAAAUAUCUCGAUUUAAGUGACUGUGAGCGAUUGGAGUCAAUAAUAAAAACAUUCCACGAGGACACUUGUCUUGAAAAACUCUGUAUCCUAAGGUGUGCAAAUCUCAAAUCCUUACCAGAGGGGCUAUGCCAUCUCUCCGCUCUUCGCAUGUUAUGGAUAGAGGAAUGUGGAAGUCUCGUUUCCUUCCCAAGAGGAGGGUGGCCAUCCAACCUGGCAUGCUUGUCUAUCUCCAUUUGUGCUCAAUUGGAAGCCCUCCCCAGAGGCAUGGACAACCUCAGCUCUCUUCAGAUUUUGUUGUUGAGAUACUGUGGAGGUUUGGCAUCCAUUCUAAAAGAGGGUUUCCCACCCAACCUAAUUAAUCUGGAAAUUGGCCAUCCCGAAAGCUGCAAUCCUCUCUCAGAGUGGGGGCUUCACCACUUGGACAGACUCACCUCUCUUGAAACCUUUUCUAUCUUCAGUGUCAAUCCAGAUGUGGUGUCCUUUCCGCCAAAGGAGGUGCUGCUCCCUAAAUCUCUCAUUAAACUCGACAUUGCAGGCUUCCCAAAUCUGAAGCGCCUGUCAUCAUCUUUUCAAUCACUCACCUCUCUUGAAUCCCUUGAAAUUCUUGGAUGCCCAAAGCUAGCAUCUAUUAUUCCAGAACAAGGGGAUCAUCUGCCUCCUUCACUUACACAGCUUCGCAUCCGUGAGGGCUGUCCACUGCUCACAAAGAAAUACAAACCAGGUAAAGGACGACACUGGCCCAAACAAAUUGCCCACAUCCCUUACGUUUAUGUUGGAGGCUGCGAUGACGAAGCCGAAGCCGAAGCCGAAGCCGACCGCCGGGCAUAGAUAUCAAUUAUCAAACUAUAGAGCCGCAAGAAGUACAAGGUUGAGCAAUGGACCAGCUCAAGAGUCUUGAUCCACGCACCCUUCUAAUUCUGGAUUAAGGGCAGCAGCAAGUAAAAGGUGGAGAAAGUUGUUUUCAAUGAGAGCACCUUAAGAAUCUUGAUCUGCCCUUCUAUUUCUGGUUCAAGAUUGCCAGUCAAGAUUAUGAUAGCCGAUGAGGAAUUUAAGCAUGCCGCUACCAUUUCAGGGUGUUGAACUUCUGGUAAGAAUAAAGUGACUCCGCAUAAAACUGGAGUUUUGAAGCUUGUUGUGGGAUUUUGCAUGCGUGUUGAAGGUCAGCUUCUUUGAGCGCGGUUGUGGGAACAGAGCAGGCUUCAGAACUAAAGGAGCAAAUUUUUUGGGAAACAGUGCGGAGAGUUUGAGAAUUAGUUCAGUUUGGGGCAUUUUCAAGAAGCGAAGAGACUUAGUUUUGCAAAUUUCAGAAAUGGGGAAAGGCAGGCUGUUUUGACAAUCUUACAGGGAGGGGUUUGGACAGGAAGCAAAGAGAAAAGGUUUCGAAAAACAAUUUGGAGGAAGGGAAUUAGCUAUUAGACAAGUAACACUGCUUUCCUGUUUUUCCGGUUUGGGAUUUUGCUGCUUCUUCUUCAGAAGGAACAGAAGUUAUAACCUUCUCAUUGGUUUUGAUAAUUGUGAAUCUUUCUAAUUCCAGACUGCAGAUCUUUGCUGUACUUGGAUUUUCUUGAAGGCAUCAAACCAACCAUCAUUACAGUAUUACACAGAUGUGCCACUUUGAUCCAAAGUGUCUAGGCCAAUCAAUCAUUCUACUUUCUGCAGCUUCUGUCUUCAAAUCGUCUGUUGCAUAUGAAAACCGGGUGCUGGAGCUGAAGGGGCCACUUGAACUCUUAAAGGGCGUUAGAGCAGAAGAAUGUACGUGCAGUUGUUCAGGAAAGCAUGAUACUACCCUCAUCUUAGCUGUAUUUAUAAUUAGUCGGUGAAAAAAUGCUAUUCAAUGCAGAAAAGCCGAAGAAUGUAUGUGCAACUGUUCAAGAGCUGAGGUACAAGAGGGUCAUGCUAGCAUAAAAUCAUUGGCUGCCAGAGAGCAACGCCUGAAUACAUCUUUGGCCGUGUUUUAUAGUAUCAGGCACUAACGAGGGAGCAUAAUACCAAAGACUUUUGAUAUGUCACCAAGCAUGUUUGGUGUUUAUAAAGAUACUGGUGUUGUUUCUCAGUGUUUUCUUGCUAGUUUUCGUGCUCCUUAUCAGUUGUAUGUUUAAUUGAGAGUAAAAAUAGAAUAGAAAAGAGUUGACAACUUGACAACUUUGGUGCAAAGGUGACGCUCUGAGUGUAUUGUGUGAGUAAAGGUUGUCAUUGCACCAUCAAUAAUGGAUUCAAUUUUGUGUUC